UACCUCUGAAAUCUGAACUCACCUGCUGUGCCGCCUCAUGCCUGUGUGUAUGUGGCGUUCCAGAAAAUGAAUGAAAUCUCUUAUUACCUCGCAUCCGUCCCUGUGGGCAAUAGCUAUCUUCGCAAAAACCGCUUAAACCCUUCUUUGAAUCAUCCUUCACUACUCACUCUAUCUUUCCUCUAAUCUGAUCAUCUUCCUAUUCAAUUUCUCCUCGAUCUAAUAAAACAAAUUAAAGCUUCCUUCAUAAAUUCUUAAAGUCUAUAUCCAUAUUUCUAGAUUCAAUUAUCCCACUCAAUUUUACAUUGUGUACUCCACGUGUUUGAUCUAACUCCCCUGAAUUCUGUCGGUCACCAGCUGAAUUUAUGAUUACUACUUCUCAACAUAUGGAUUUUUUGUUCUGUUAUUAAAUUGAGUUCGCAGAUUCGGUGGGGAGAUUUUAUCGCAUUGCUGGAUUAAAUUAUUAAGAGAUGAAAUCGAAGAUAAAAUGGGCAGCACUAGGAGGAUUGGUGUUAUCAUUCGCUUCAUUGCUCGUUCACUUGUUUCUUGCCAAGUCCAGUGCUGAUCUUGUUCAAUACACUGCUAUUACCCUUUUCACUGAGGAUUUAACUCCCACUUUAGCCACCAGAAAGGGUCCUGGGUUUCGCAAGUUGUGGGGAAAUGUGAAGUCAUUGGAGCCCUUGCACCCUCAUGCAAAUCCAAGAAGUACAUAUCCUGUGGCAGUUGAACACAGCAAUGGCUUCAUCUAUGCAAAAAUUUCUGGUAGUUUUGAGAAGAUUAGGAACUCGAUUGUUGAUCUGGUCGCCAUAUCAAGGCUUUUAAAUGCCACCCUUGUAAUCCCAGAGAUUCAAGAAAGUACUCGUUCAAAAGGCAUCAGUUCCAAGUUCAAGAGUUUUUCAUACCUCUAUAAUGAGGAUCAGUUUAUAGCAGCCUUAACAAAUGAUGUCACCAUUGUGAAGAGUUUGCCACCUAUCUUGAGGGAGGCUAGGAAACGGAAAGAGUACCAGAUUUUCAAGCCCAAAAGUUCUGCUGCUCUAAGAUUUUAUACUUCUGAAGUUUUACCUAGAUUGAAGAAAGCAAAGGUCAUCGGAUUAAUAUUGACAGAUGGAGGAUGUCUAGAGUCCGCACUUCCCCCGAGCAUGGCUGAGUAUCAGAGGCUUAGAUGUCGUGUGGCAUUUCAUGCACUUCAAUUUCGCCCAGAAAUUGUAGCUCUUGGAAAACUCAUGGUGGAAAGGUUACAAGCUUCAGGCCAACCUUACCUUGCCUAUCAUCCCGGGCUUAAGAGAGAUGCUCUAGCCUAUCAUGGUUGUGCUGAAAUUUUUCAGGAUAUUCACACAGAACUUAUACAAUACAGGAGGGCCCAGUUAAUUAAACAAGUAAUUAUCAGUGAAGAACUUAGUGUUGAUUCACAUGCUCGGAAGAGAAAUGGAUCGUGCCCACUCAUGCCAGAAGAGGUAGGACUUCUGCUUCGAGCCAUGGGUUACCCACCUAGAACAAGAAUUUAUCUAGCAGGUUCUGAAACCUUUGGCGGACAACGAGUUAUGAUUCCUUUACGUGCCAUGUACCCCAAUUUAGUUGAUCGUACUGCGUUGUGCAGCAAAAAAGAGCUAGCCACUUUAGUUGGCCCAGAAACUCCCCUUCCGCCUGAUCCUGAUCAGCUUUUACCCGCAAAAAGCGCAAAUCAACUAAAAGCAGAAUGGAACAAGGCCGGGCCCCGACCAAGACCUCUACCACCUCCUCCUGAUCGACCUAUCUAUCGACAUGAAAAAGAAGGCUGGUAUGGAUGGGUUGCAGAGAAAGAUGUGGAACCAGAACCUUCUCCCAAUGAUCAGAGGGAGCAAGCACACCGAUUGCUAUGGGAUGCUCUUGAUUACAUAGUCUCAGUGGAAGCUGAAGCUUUUUUUCCUGGUUUUGACAAUGAUGGUAGCGGGCCUGAUUUUGCCAGCUUGGUGAUGGGACACCGACUUUAUGAGAUGGCAUCUGCGAGAACAUUUCGGCCAAACAGGAAAUAUCUUGCGGAGCUCUUUAAUAGUACUGUCGAUCAUCUUUACUAUCCACCUCGUAAUUGGACUCUUGCUGUCAGAGAACACCUCAAUAAAAGCCUGGCAGAAGAGGGCCUUUUGCAGGAAUCCAAUCGAUCAAAAACUAAGUUUUUCCUCUCUCACCCUAUUCCAGAAUGCUCAUGUUCAACUGUCAAGGCUACUGAUAUUUCGCAUUCAGGAAAGAACAGCAAUCUCCAUCUGUUUGAAGGGCAGGGCGAGUGCCCCAGAUCGAUGCAGCAAGAAAGAACUCAAGAGACUAACGCGGAUGAAGUUGACUCUCAAGAAGAUGAAACUGAUUUAGACGGGCAGUCAGAAUCUGAAGGAUACAAUGGAACUGAUGCAAUUCCAUCCCUGGAACAGGAUGAGGAAAUGGAUCCUGAUGAUUAGGAUUUGAUGUACAUAUCUUGCCUUCGUAUUCUUGUUCAUUUGCCUCUAUGCCAUUGAUGUCUAGCCCACUCCGUGGAUUAAUCUUUUCAACGAGAGUUAAAUUUACAGCGGCAGCAUGUUGACUUUGGAACAUCUCGUGCAGAUGAACUCCCAAUUUUUUCGGGGCAGAUUACCUUCAAACAUGGUUCUUCGGACGUGCUUUAGAAGAAUUCCUGCAACCUGCUUUGUGUUCAUUGCUUGGCACAUGGACUCCGUUGGUUUCUUUGGUAGAAUUCUCCCGUUUCCUCUCCUUCAAAGAGGAACAAGUUUCCCUUCUUCUACAGGUAUAGAGCAUACAAAAGAUGUCUAAAACUUCUCGAACUUUGUGACUGCACAAAGCAAAAGUAACACUGUGAAGCCGUAUAUACUUUACAAUGAUUCUUUGAUUUUUGCUUCACCUCAAAAGUUCUCUUAAAUAUCCAUAUGUACGUUCAAA